UGUCUCUUUCUACCCCUUGAUAUCUCAGAACCAAUUUGAAAAAAGCAAGGAAAAAUAGAAGCUGCCUUCGUUCUUCUCCAAAACAGGGCAGCUGUAACCAGAGAGAGAAAAAACUCUGUUUUUUGUUUUGCCCACAAUUGAGAUCACGACCCCUGUGAUUAAUUCUUUCAUCAGCAGUUUCUCUCUUCUUCACAUCAGCAGAGAAUCAAUGGCAUUUCCAGCCAUGAAAGCUUAUGUAAAUUCAUUUUCCGUAUAUUUUUCUCUCUUCCUUUUUCUAUGUUUUUCAGCCAUGGCUGACUCUGAACCAAAAGAAACAGAGGCUCUCUUUGCCCUGAAAGAUACUUUCAACAACUCUUUCCUUAACGAGCAUUGGAAUGGUCUCCCAUGCUUUGAGAAUACGAGUCACUGGUAUGGAAUCAGCUGUAUCAAUGGCACAGUAACUGGUGUUGUGGUUGAGAAUUUCAGGCUUUCUGGAGUGAUCAAACCUGACGCUCUCUUUAAUCUCACUAAUCUUGAAGUUAUCAGCUUCAUGAACAAUUCAAUUUCUGGUAAUAUCAUGGAUUUUUCAUAUAAUCCGAAGCUUGUUUCGACUGAUCUCUCAUAUAACAAGUUUUCAGGGAAGAUUCCACCUUCUCUUCUGAGUCUGAAUCAUUUGCUCAAUCUGCAACUCGAAAGCAACAAUCUUUCAGGAACCGUACCAGAAUUUCAACAGAAAAGCCUAAGAAGCUUCAAUGUCUCGUAUAACAAUCUUGAAGGCCCAAUCCCCCCAUUCCUCCAAUCCAUUGACCCCUCCUCAUACCAAGGAAACCCGAAACUUUGCGGCUUCCCUACCAGACAAAUUUGCAUUAUAGAUCCGACCGGUGUGCCGGCAAAUUCACCAGAAAACCAACCAGAAGACUCUCCACAGAGCAAGAAGAAGAAGAAGGGCUUUUUCAAACAGUCAUUAGUGGUAGCAAUCUUUGUUCUCUUUGAUGUCAUAGUUCUGGUUCUUGUGAGCUACCUCUUCUUUGUGUAUUUUAAGAAGACAAAGUCUAAUAAAAAGUCCAAGGAGAAAAACCAGGAAACAGUGACCCAAGAGAGAGGUAGAGAAGAGGAGAGAGGGGAGUUAUCUUUCAUGGAAGAGGGAGGUGGGUUUAGUUUAGAGGAGCUCUUGAGGGCCUCAGCUGAAGGGCUUGGGAAAGGGAGCUUUGGGAGUUGUUAUAAGGCUAUGUUGGAAGGUGGGCCUUGUGUUGUGGUGAAGAGAAUGAAAGAUUUGAAUAAUUUUAGCAGAGAGGAGUUUGGAAAUCAGGUUAGAGGUUUGGCUCAGCUCAAGCACCCAAACUUGUUGCCAAUUUUGGGUUAUUAUUACUCCAAAGAGGAGAAGUUGCUUCUCUUGCCCUAUGCACCUCAUGGGAACCUUUAUGACAGGAUUCAUGGCUACAGGGACAGCAUUGGCCGCAUACGAUUCAAGUGGAGGUCCCGCCUCUCGGUGGCGCAAGGAGUGGCACGCGCCAUGGCCUUCCUCCACAGUGAUUCCAACGCUCUCCCCCACGGUAACCUCAAAUCCACCAAUGUCCUCCUCUCUGCAAACGACCGUCCCUUAGUCGCUGACUACUCCCUUAGCCCCUUCUUAGCCCUCCCAUCUGCCGUCCAUCGAAUGGUCGCCUACAAGUCCCCAGAGUAUCUCCACCGCCGAAAAAUUUCCCCCAAAUCUGACGUAUGGAGCUUUGGUUACCUCUUACUCGAGCUUCUUACAGGAAAGAUCUCUGCACACUCAGCCUUACCAGGAACCACCGGUGUGGAUCUCCCAGUGUGGGUGAACAGGGCGGUGCGUGAGGAAUGGACGGCCGAAAUCUUCGAUCAGGAGAUAUUGGGGGCAGCAGAGGGAUUGGUUCAAAUGUUGAGGGUAGCCAUGAGUUGUUGUGAAAGGUCGCCGGAGAAGAGGCCAGAGAUGGAGGCGGUGCUGGCUGAGGUGGAGGAGAUUGUAGCUUCAGAAGCAACAGAUGGUGCUGAGGAGGGUGAAAGUGCGGGUUCAUCCGAGGUCUCAUUCGUCGGUACGUCAGAGUCAUCGGCAUCAUGGAGGCGAGCCUCGGUCUCGGAGGAGAGGGAUGAUGAAUGAAAAGAGGGCGUUGAGCAUGUUGGUGGAGAGAGAGUUGGGUGGUGACCGUGUUCAUGGGAGAGAGACAGAGUAGAGUUGGGUUGGGCUGGGCUGGCUGGGUGUCUUGAUCGGGUGCGUAAGAAGAAAUAAAUACACUAUACUCAUUCUUUUUUCUUGUGGGCGAGCU